AAGUACUAACUCGUUUUGGUCUUGUAACAUGUGUGGUAAUAUACGCAUGAUAGGCGGAUUCAACUAUCAUUGUUCAAUAUGUAACUUUCAUGCAUGUGUAAAAUGUGUUGAGGUUGCUGUUGCUCAGGAGGCUGCAGCUACUACCCUCAAGACGGAAGCAUUAAUCAAGCUUAAUCAUAAAGGUCACUCGCAACACAGCUUAACCCUCCAAAUGAGACGUGCAACAUUCCAUUGUGACGCUUGCAAUACUGAGGAUAAAGACUUGUCGUAUCAGUGUGAUAGCUGUGACUUUUGGAUCCACAAGACCUGUGCUGACCUAUAUCCCACCAUUAAUCUACCCCAACAUCAUAAUCACUCUCUCGAUCUCGUCUAUUCGCUUCCCAGUGCUUUCUAUAACUAUCUGUAUUUUUGCGCAUUUUGCAACAAAUGCAUCCAACGAAGGGAGUGGUUAUAUCAUUGUGCUAAUUGCAGAUAUUUUGCCCAUAUCAAGUGUGCCUUAAACGUGGGGCACCAUUCUACUCCAAGCGAUGAUCGAGAUAUUGUUGCUCUUGAAGAAGACGCAAAUGUCAUGCAUUUCCCCAUGUCAGAUGUAUUCAUAGAUCCAUUGAAAUGGCUGCAUUCGGAAAAGAUGGAUCGAGGUGACGAUAAAAAAACGAAGGUAAACCAUUCGAGUCAUGAGCAUACAUUAAUCCUUAAUGUUGAACCUCAAGGUAUCAAUAUACCCAACACCGAUUGCAGUGAUACAAUAGAGGUAUGUGAUGGGUGUGUACGACCCAUCUCCCUUCCAUACUAUAAUUGCACAGAUGGAUGUUCUUUCAUCCUCCACAAGUAUUGUGCUGAGUUACCCCUCACAUUAGAACAUCAACUUCAUUCGGAUCAUUCCCUUGAAUUAGUAAACGUCGAUGGAUCUGAGGAGACUUACUUUUGCGAUGGUUGUUUGUGCCAAGGCAAUAAGUUUGCAUACAAAUGUAAACCUUGCAAGUUCCACCUUGACGUCAACUGUGCAUUUUUACCUAACAUGAUCAAACAUGAAUCUCACAAACAUCCUCUUGUCCAAGUUUGUGAUUCCUCCAUUUGUUGUCAGGCCUUGAGAAAAUUUCUCUAGGUAUAAGUUAUGCUUGUGGUGCUUGUAGCUUCCUACUGGACGUGUUGUGUGCGGUAGGUUGUCCACGGUUCCUUACUCAUAGGUAUUGCAAAGGGCAUGAAAUCCCAUUGAGGUAUCCCCCAAUUGACGAUCAUCUUGAAGAUUUUU